CCUAUUUAAAUGAUGCAACUCCUCUCCUUCUCUCUCUAUCUCUGUGUGUUGUGUGUGUGGUAAUUAAACUUUACAUAGUUACAUAGAAUCUAGCUAGUUGAGUGUAAAUAUGAGUUAUUUGGGUGUUGGUGUGAGCCCAGGGAAUGUCCCUGUGUAUCAUGGGAGUGAUUUGAAGGUGGUUGAUCAGAGGGUGAGACUUGCUGAGUUGAUAUUGAGGACUGUCAUUUGUGGUUUGGCCCUUCUUGCUGCUGUUCUUGUGGCUACUGAUACUCAGGUUAAAGAAAUCUUUACCAUCCAGAAAAAAGCCAAAUUCACCGACAUGAAAUCCCUUGUGUUUUUGGUGAUAGCCAAUGGAAUAGCUGCAGCCUACUCAUUGGUACAGAUAUUGAGGUGUGUGGUGGGUAUGGUUAGAGGAAGCGUUCUCUUCAACAAGCCCUUGGCAUGGCUUAUUUUCUCUGGUGAUCAGCUUAUGACUUACAUGACAGUGGCUGCAAUAGGUGCUGCAGCACAAUCAGCAGUAUUUGCCAAAUUUGGAGAACCAGAGCUUCAAUGGAUGAAGAUAUGUGAUAUGUAUGGAAAAUUCUGCAACCAAGUUGGAGAAGGGAUAGCAAGUUCAGUCUUUGUUUGUGCAAGUAUGGUGAUAGUCUCUGGCAUAUCAGCAUUUAGCCUCUUUCGGUUGUAUGGUGGAAAUAAAGGAAGCAAGACCAGUGCCGGAUGGUGAAACUAAUUAAGCCUUUUCUGAUGGCUUUUAGGCGAUGGUCAUGAGCCAUGACCAUGGUUGUGUAAGCUUGGGUUGCCUUUUUAGCCUUUAGAACGUAUGAUAAAAAAGCUUGUAAGAUUGAAGUUACUGGUUUGAAUGAUUGAACCUAUUAAAC